UGUGACGAUGGAGCAAGACACUCAAAUAGUGGGGCAAAAGAGAGGAGAAGUUGCUGAAAGUCUGAUUGACCUCAACGUCAUGGUAAUUCCCACCGACUUUCCAGAAAGUGAGGACGCUUAUUUCGAUUCCGGAUCGGGGACUCCUUACCAGAACAACAACCUCCAAAAUGGCAACAAUCGAGACACCACAGCCAAAAACAAGUUUAACGAUAACACCAAGAAUUUUUAUGAGUGUGCGGACUGCGGGAAGAAGUUCCACUGCAAUGAUUGUGGAAAGUCAUUUGCGUGUAGAGCGUAUCUGCAGACGCACCAGAAGAUUCAUGCCGGAGUGAAGCCGUACUGCUGCAUUGAGUGCAGCAAAACAUUCACACACAAGAGUUACCUUCCAUAGAGAAGCCAUACUGCUGCACCGAUUGCUGAAAAGCAGAGGUGUGA